GAUGGACCCUGCAGCUUAUGCUGAGCUGUUGAAAGAAUCUGGCAACCAGGUUUUUAAGAAUGGGAACUAUUCUUUGGCCAUCAGAAAGUACGAUGAAGCUAUCCAGGUUCUCCUGCAGUUAUACCAGUGGGGUUCUGGAGCCUGGUACGCUGCUGGCCAGUUCAGUUCCUGGGUUCCCCCCAGGGACUUGGCUGUGCUACUGUGCAACAAAUCCAAUGCAUUUUACAACCUUCGAAAGUGGAACGAGGCAUUUGUGGCUGCCAAGGAGUGUCUGCAGUGGGAUCCAACCUACGUGAAGGGAUACUACCGAGCUGGCUAUUCCUUGCUGCAGUUGCUCCAACAUUAUGAAGCUGCUCACAUGUUUUUUGAGGGUCUUAAAUUUCUGCAGGGCAGCAAUGAUCAGAGCCAGUUUGCUGAUUUCCUUGUGGGAGUGUUUACCACUAUGGGCAAUGACCCCAUUGUUUUGCAAAGUUUCUUGCCCUGCUUUGAUCACAUUUUCACUACUGGAUUCUCCACAGAAGUGUGGCAAUCUGUAAUAGAAAAGUUGGCAAAGAAAGGAUUGUGGCACUCAUUUCUACUUCUGUCAGCAAAGAAAGAUCGACUACCGAGAAACAUCCGUGUCCCAGAGUUAUCACUGAAGAGCCUCUUUGAGGAAUAUGUCUUCAUUGGAUCUUAUGAGAAAAUGGAACAGGUGCCCAAGUUAGUCCAGUGGCUUAUCUCCAUUGGUGCAAGUAUUGAGACGAUAGGACCGUAUCCUCUCCAUGCCCUCAUGCGGCUCUGUAUCCAAGCAAGGGAAAACCACCUUUUCCGGUGGCUGAUGGAGCACCAGCCCGAGUGGAAAGGCCGCGUCAACCAGAAGGACCAGGACGGCUGCACCAUCCUGCACAUGGUUGCAGCCCAUUCCUCCGGAUACCUCAUCAAGCGACAAACAGAGGAUGUGCAGAUGCUCCUGCGCUUUGGGGCAGACCCCACCCUGCUGGACCGACAGUCCCGGACCCCCGUGGAUGUCCUGAAGAGGAAUAAGAACUUCAAAGCCAUCGAGAAAAUCAAUAGUCACUUAGAAAAACUGGCUGCGUGUUCUAAGGACCUGUCAGGACUGAGUAAUGGUGAAGGACCCGUUAGUGAGAGUGACGUUUUCCAGAGGGCCUCUGCGGAGCUGGUGAAGUACAUGAACUCAGGAAGCCAGUUAUUGCAUAAGAACUUUCUGAAGCAAGAUGUAGUUCAGAAGUUCUUGCGCCUCCUUUCUUCUCUGCAAGAAAUUCCUCCUGACCUGGUCUGUGACAUUAACCGUGACUGUGCCAACACCUUCAUCAAGUUUUUACUGGAAAAGCAGAGAUGGCCUGAAGUGCUUCUUCUGCUGACCCGCAAAGUGAGUGGGGAGCCCCCACUCGGAGAGAGCCUCCUCAAAGACUGUAACUUCUCGGACCUCGACCUCUGCUCUGUCAUUCCCCCGCUCAGGGCCUGGGACCAGCGCCGGAUACAGCUCCUGGAGUGCCUGAUAGACAGUGGAGCCUUGCCACAGGGUCUCCAGGACAGCCAGGCAAGGCCGCUGGCCACAAGCCUGAAGCACAAGGACUUUGAGUUGGCCUUUCUCCUUCUAACCAAGGGUGCGGACCCCCGCGGCAUUUCUCUCUCAGACGGUGACACUCCUCUGCAUGCGGCUCUCCACAUCUUUUUAGAUGUCAACGCCGACAUCGGUUUCAGCUUCCUCAACCACCUGUUGGGUCUGUUCUGGUCCAACCCCUCCAAAUUUGACUACCUCAACCCCAAUAUCCAGGACAGCAACGGGAACACACUGAUGCACACCCUCUUCCAGCGGGGCAUGCUGAAGCGCAUGAAGAAGCUGUUGAACCUGCUGGCAAAGUUCGACAUCAACUUCAACCUGAAGAACAGAGAGGGCAAGGACGCACGGCACCGGAUUAAGAAGAAUGACCCUCUGCUCGUGGCCUGGAACAAAGCUGUGUCGGAGAGCCGGCGGAGGACCCGGCAGGACUCUGCCGCCCACCCAGGGAAGCUCCCGAGGGCGAAUGCCCCUGGUCACACGUCUCAGCUCAAGUCCCAGGCUCCAUCCAAGCCUCUGCUGUGUGGUGUCACUGCCAGCUCCCUGCCCGAAGGAGCCAAGGUCCCUGACAGCUGGGAGACUCUUCCAGAUGCCCAGGUGAUGAAGCAGGAGCCCCCAGUGGUCACGCCCUGCUCUCAGAGAGACUGCCUUGUGCAGGACAUCAUGGAUCUGAUCAAGAAGCUAGCAUUGGAUGCGCCCCUCCCAGAGGACCGUCUCCAGGACUCUAAGCCUCUGGAGACAGGAGCUGGCACAGAAGUGAAGAAGGACGAGCUCCAGAGAGCCCUGGGGGUGGCGUGCUCUGACGGUGCUGGGAACAACCCUGCUGGCCCUGAGGCAGGGGGUGAACAUGCUCAGGCGGACCUUGUUGCCUUGCAGCUCAUUCCUGCUGGUCCCAGAGGCAGGGAGAACAGCAGUGAUCAGGACAACUGGCAGGAGGUGGAGACCUGCCUCCAGGACUUCGAGAAUAUGACGUGGGAGAUUGAGUGUACUUCAGAAAUGCUGAAGAAGCUAUCCAGUAAAGUGAUGACCAAGGUCAUGAAGAAGAAAGUCAUCCUAGCCAUCCAUCGGCUGGGGAAUGGCGAGUGGACCCAGGGCCUGCAGAAGCGGCUGAAGAACCUGAAAGGGAACAUCCAGCUCUUCGAGGCCAAGCUGGACAAAGGAGCACGGAUGCUGUGGGAGCUCGCCAUUGACUUCUCCCCCCGUUGCAGUGAGAACCCGGAGAAGAUCAUCGCCACGGAGCGGGGCUCACACUCCACGGAGAAGUCGGGGCGGAUCUAUACAGAGAUCAUCCGGAUCUGGGACAUCGUCUUGGACCACUGCAAGCUGUCGGACUCCAUCAGGGCCAUCUGCAGCGCCUACAACCGGGGCCUGUCCUGCAUCCUGCGGAAGAAGCUGAAGGGCAUCAACAAAGGCCAGGUGUUGGCCAACAUGAAAAUCCGAAAGCGGAUACCGCGCUGCUACGUGGAGGACACGGAGGCCGAGAAGGGCGGGGAUCCCGUGGAGCCCGAGUACUUCCCCCCGGCCAGCGCGGUGCAAACGGAGUACAACAUCAUGAAGUUCCACAGCUUCAGCACCAACAUGGCCUUCAACAUCCUCAACGACAUGACGGCCACGGUGGAGUACCCCUUCCGCGUGGGCGAGCUCGAGUACGCCGUGAUCCACCUCAACCCCAAGCCGCCAGAGCCCAUCAUCCUGAUCGGGCGCAGUGGCACCGGGAAGACCACCUGCUGCUUGUACCGACUGUGGAAGAAGUUCCACAGCUACUGGGAAAAAGCCGAGCAGGCAGGAAGCCCGCUGCUGGCCAGGCAGGUCUGGCUGAGGAGGAGGUUAGACGUGACGCUCAGGACGGAGGGACCGGGCGGGGAGGAGGAGGGGGAGGAAGAGGAGGGGGAGGAGGAAGACUCCAUGGAAGCGGAGACGGCGGGCAGCUUAGAGGAGGAGCAGGAGAGUGACGCCUGCGCGGGGGGAGCCGGUGGGGACCCUGCGGUGCCCGGCCAGGGGGCAGAAGCAGGUGCCUCAGACGGUCCCCAGCAGCUGGAGCAUUUACACCAGAUCUUCGUGACCAAGAACCAUGUGCUGUGCCAGGAGGUGCAGAGGAACUUCAUUGAGCUCUCCAAGUCUUCCAAGGCCACCAGUCACUACAGACCGCUGGAGCCCAGCGUUCACAGACUCCAGGACCUGCGGGAUGAGAACUUCCCCCUGUUCCUCACUUCCAAGCAGCUGCUCCUCCUGCUCGACGCCUCCCUGCCCAAUCCGUUUUUCCUGAGAAACGAGGACGGCAGCUUGAAAAGAACCAUCGUUGGGUGGUCCACGCAGGAAGAGUCGUCCAUCUCCAACUGGCAGGACGAGGAGGAGGAGCCCGAGGUGGAUGGGGACAGUGGGGAGGAGGAAAGGGCUGUGGAAUCGCGGUCGUGCGACGUUGACCCCCGGGUGUACGUGACAUUCGAGGUGUUCUCCAGUGAAAUAUGGCCCAAGAUGAACAAAGGGAAAACCUCCUACAACCCUGCGCUGAUUUGGAAGGAAAUAAAAUCUUUCCUGAAGGGGUCUUUCGAGGCCCUCAGCUGCCCCCAGGGGAGACUCACGGAAGAAGAAUAUAAGAAGCUAGGGAGGAAGCGGUGCCCCAAUUUCAAGGAAGACCGGAGCGAGAUUUACAGCCUCUUCUGCCUGUAUCAGCAGAUCAGGUCCCAGAAAGGCUACUUCGACGAGGAGGACGUUCUGUUCAACCUGUCCCGGCGGCUGUCAGAGCUCAGGGUGCUCCCGUGGUCCAUCCACGAGCUCUACGGUGACGAGAUUCAGGACUUCACGCAGGCUGAGCUCGCGCUGCUGAUGAAGUGCAUCAAUGACCCCAAUGCCAUGUUCCUCACCGGGGACACGGCCCAGAGCAUCAUGAAGGGCGUGGCCUUCCGCUUCAGCGACCUGCGCUCCCUGUUCCACUACGCCAGCAGAAGCACCGUGGACAAGCAGUGGGCCGUCCGGAAGCCCAAGAGGAUCCACCAGCUGUACCAGAACUACCGGUCCCAUUCGGGAAUCCUUAAUCUGGCAUCAGGAGUGGUAGAUUUGCUUCAGUUCUAUUUCCCAGAAUCUUUUGAUCGCCUUCCAAGGGAUUCUGGCCUCUUUGAUGGUCCCAAACCGACGGUCCUGGAGUCUUGUAGUGUAAGCGACUUAGCAAUUUUGCUACAAGGGAACAAGAGGAAAACCCAGACCAUUGAAUUUGGGGCGCACCAGGUAAUCCUUGUAGCCAAUGAAAUGGCAAAGGAGAAAAUUCCAGAAGAGCUGGGGUUAGCACUUGUGCUAACAGUAUAUGAAGCAAAAGGCUUAGAAUUUGAUGAUGUCCUCCUUUACAACUUUUUCACCGAUUCUGAGGCUUACAAGGAGUGGAAGGUCAUUUCCUCAUUUACACCUUCGUCAUCGGACUCCAGAGAGGAAAGCGGGCUGCUGGUUGACGUGCCCCUGGAGAAGCCCAGCCCGUCUCAGAGUCGCUCUCUCAUGGUGAAUCCAGAAAUGUACAAGCUCCUCAACGGAGAGCUGAAGCAGCUGUACACGGCCAUCACCCGGGCUCGCGCCAACCUCUGGAUCUUCGAUGAAAACCCGGAGAAGCGGGCUCCUGCUUUCAAAUAUUUCAUUCGAAGAAAUUUUGUACAAGUUGUGAAGACAGAUGAAAAUAAAGACUUCGAUGAUAGCAUGUUUGUUAAGAUCUCAACUCCUGAGGAGUGGAUCGCACAAGGGGAAUACUAUGCUAAACACCAGUGCUGGAAGGUUGCAGCCAAAUGUUACCAAAAAGGAGGUGCGUAUGAGAAGGAGAAACUUGCGCUGGCCCACAACACCGCCCUCAACAUGAAAUCCAAGAAAGUCAGCCCCAAGGAAAAGCAGGUGGAGUACUUGGAACUGGCUAAGACCUAUUUGGAAUGCAAUGAGCCAAAGCUGUCCCUUAAGUGUCUGAGCUACGCCAAGGAGUUCCAGCUCUCCGCUCAGCUGUGUGAGAGGCUGGGGAAGAUAAAAGAUGCCGCCUAUUUCUACAAGCGAAGCCAGUGCUACCAAGAUGCUUUCAGAUGCUUUGAGCAAAUUCAGGAAUUUGAUCUAGCUCUCAAAAUGUACUGUCAAGAGGAGCUCUAUGAAGAAGCAGCUGUUGCAGUGGAAAAGUAUGAAGAAAUGCUAAGGGCCAAGACCCUACCGGUAUCCAAGCUCUCCUAUUCCGCCAGUCAGUUUUACUUGGAAGCUGCAGCCAAGUACCUGAAUGCAAAUAAGAUCAAGGAGAUGAUGGCUGUCCUCUCGAAGCUGGACACAGACGACCAGCUGAUGUUCCUGAAGUCUCGGAAACGGCUAGCAGAGGCUGCAGAGCUGUUGAACAGGGAAGGCCGGAGAGAAGAGGCUGCCUUGCUGAUGAAGCAACAUGGCUUCCUCCUGGAGGCCGCCAGGCUCACUGCUGACAAAGGCUUCCAGGCCUCGUGUCUGCUGGAGGUUGCCCGCCUCAAUGUGGCCAUGGAUUCAGACAUAGAACACACCAAGGCCAUUCUGAGAAAAGCCCUCGAUCUCUGCUAUCAAACCAACCAGCUGUUUGGCAUCGCUGAGGCCCAGUUCCUACUGGGGGUGAUCCUGAAAGACUUUCAGAAGCUCAAGGAUGCUUUCUUCAAGUUUGACACCCUCAACCACCCAGCCGGCGUCGUGGAAGUGCUCUAUGAAGCCACCAGCCACUAUGAGGCUGACCCUCAGAAGGUUCUGGCCCUGGUUCCAGGGGGCUUGGAAGUCCUCCUCAAUCUGGUCAGGGCCCUCAAAAGAGUGACCAACAAUGCUGAGAAGGACAUGGUCAAGUCUUGCUUUGAGUUUUUUGGGGUUUCUCAAGUAGAUGCCAAGUAUUGCCAGAUAGCUCAGAAUGACCCUGGCCCUAUAUUAAAAAUAAUUUUUGAACUGGAUUUGAACUUGAGAGAGAAGAAAACAAAAGACCACUUCUUGAUAAUGACUGACCAAGUAAAACUGGCCCUAAACAAACACCUCUUGAACAGGCUGUGUCAGAUCACGCAGAGCCUGCUUGGGAAGACCUACCCGGGCAUCUGCAUGAGGUUUAUUGUUGGCUUAAAAUGUGAGGAUGAAAACUGUAAAGACUACCACAGGCCUUUGCGGCGUUGUGAGGCCAAGUGUUUGGUUCAGUCAAAAAUGUACCAGGUGGCAAUCAAUGGGUUGCUUUUGGAAGCCAAAAAAGUAUUCCCUAAAAUCUUAGCUGAAGAACUUAAAAGAAUUGAUUGUAUUUUGUCUCCAGAUAUGUAUCGCCAUUGCACAUCCUUCGUGAAUGUAGCCUUCCCUAAGCAUUUCCAUCAGCGAGUAUUGUCCGAAAACCCCAUGGCAUGCAAAGAAAUCCUCAAACCCAAUUACAAAUCCUUACGAUCCUACAGGUUCGCUCUGAAAGACUAUGUCUAUUUUCUGUUUCAAAACGAACGGGCGCGAAGCCGCCGGGAGUCCACCGACCUGUGGCUGAGUGCCAUGCAGGCCUUCCUCCUGUCCUCCAGCUACCCGGAGGAGUUUGGAAAGCUGCUCCAUCAGGAGGAGGACGACUACCACAGGGAGCUCAAAGCUCUAGCAUCUGAGAAGGAGGAACGGGGCAGGGCGAGGGGCAGCAGGGCGAAAGGAAUAGAGGGGAAGUUCGGCAUGCUGGCGCCCAACAAGGGUGAGGAGAGCGCCGAGAAGAUCCACCUGUGCUUCAUCCGGCUGCUGGAGAGCUGCAUCGACCAGCUCUAUGUGCACAGGAACCCGGAAAACUACAAGAGGUUCUUUUUCCGGUUCAUGAAUGUCCUUGUCAAGAGGUGCAAAGAGCCGCUCAUCCCCAGCAUUGGGAACACGGUGGCCCUGCUGGAGUCCCAGUUCGUCCACUGCGGGAUGGUCCUGGCCCGCCUGCGGAAGAGCACCAUCCUGUGCCUUCCCAAAAGCUACAUCUCGCUCGUGCACUACUGGGAGUUUCUGUUCAGCAAGAAGGACAAGGAGCUUGGGGACGUGUUCUCCAUCAUUCAGGAAUACAAACCGAAGGACGUGACAAGAGCCAUCCAGGAUUUCCGGUUCCACCUCUCCUACCUCGUCAAGGUGCUCUGCGGCUACGAGAAUGAGAACUUCAACGUCCUGCUCGAUGCCUUCAGUGACAUGGACUGUGUGGUCUCCGGGGAGGCCGAGCGGACCCUGGUGCUGUGCCUGGUGAUGCUGGUGAACGCCGAGGUGGUUCUGCAGCCCAUCUGCAAGUCGCUCCUGUGCUGCCACUUCCAGGAGGUUGACGAGAGGCUGCAGCUGAUGAGCACGGACCACCCGGGCCAGGUACCCGAGAGGCUGCGGAACGUGGUAAGGCGGGUCUUGGUGGCGGUCGAUGUGAAGUCUGUGGCUGAGGCGCUGCAGAACCUGCUCUUUGAGCGGGACGAAGAGUACCUGAUGGACUGCCACUGGCGGUGGGACAGCACGCACACCAAAGGGGUCAUGGUCCGCGGCCUCUACCACGAGGAGGUCAAGCUAAACCGCCUGCUCUGCCUGGGCCCCGUGGACUGCUUCGCUGAACCGGAGUGUGAGUUUGGUCACGAUGAGACGGAUGAGCUGGCGUUAGAAGACCGAGACCACCUCCUGGCCACCAUCCUGUCCCAGAAGCAGCGGAAGGCUUCCAUCCAGCGGAAGUUGAAGAGAGCAUGCCUGGUGGUGGCCCUGUGUGUCAGCUGGAAGAGAAGGGUGGGUGCCCACACGGAGGGCUCCAGGGAGGACACCAGGGAGCCCGGGCCUGGCAUCUUCAAAAAGGCAGACAUUGACAGGACCCAGUGUGACCUGUGCGGAGUGAAAUUCACCAGGGGCCCUGAGAGCUACUUCAGCCCCAGUAAUGCCUUUGAAGGAGAGACUUCCGAGGCGGUGGCCCUUUCCGAGGCUGAGCUGGAUGACAAGGAAGGUCCAGAGAGGAAUAGCGAGUCUUAUGAGCACCACAUCCUCCUCGAAGGCCACCAGAGGCAGCAGGUGGCCUACCAGAGAUACUCGGAAUUUUUCCGAGAAAGGGUGGACCCGGCUGUUCACGAAGGCAAGCAGGUGGUGCAGGACAUCGAGCAGAGCGUGUUGAUUCGCAGUCACCUGGGCUCCAAGGAGCACAGCCACAUGCUGCAGAGGAAGGUCCAGGAGAACAUCAGGAGAGUUUCAGACGUGGUGGAGGACCUCUACAGGCAGAAGGCCUGGGCCCGCGCUGGGGAGGUGAUGACUCAGCUGGUCAACAUCCUGAGCCUGUCAGUCAAGGAUGCGAGGGAGUGGCUAAGGAAAACAGAGCUGCACUUGAAGGAGGAAGGAAUCAUUCAGGAAGAUGAUUAUGAAAAUGAAGUUGAGGACUUUGGUGAGCUCCGUCCUAGAAGGCGUCCGCGGAAAUAUGCAAAGCAGAGAAAAUACUAAGAUCCACACAGCUGCUGCUGUCUGAACCUUCGGAACAUUCCGUCCUGACUUGGAAGUCUGAGUGCUGGGGCAGAGAGGAAAGACUGUCAGUUAGCAUAAAGAAGUAGGGGAGCCUAGCAGCCUCUUUGCUUUCUGCCAUGUGGCUUAGGGUCUGACUGCUCCCUCAGCGCGGGGACCUCUAGUGCUUUCCCAGCUCAAGUUUAGCAGUUAUUUCCCCUAAAACUCAUUAGAUGAGAGGAGUCCUCCUGAAGGGAACCUGGGGACUCUUCACCCCAAAGCCCCCAAGGUCUCUGACUCAAAACCAUCACGACCUGAGUCAGUAGGAGGGACCCCCUCACCUCAGAGUUUGUUGCUGCCCUGGGCCAGGAAAUCCCCCCCAGGGAUUCCCUCAUCUCCUUCCACAUGGCUGCAACAAGAGCUGUGUGCGCCCGCGUCUGUGUGGGCCCUGCCGCCUCCCCUGCCUGAUCCCGAGCCACAGUCUGGUCAUCUCUAAGCCUACUUGUAGCACAGUUUGUUUCCUUAUAUACAUUAACCUUUUCUCUCUGUGGCAACUUUUCUGCCCCCCUUCCUCCCCCCCUCGCCCCCCAUGCUCAGCUACCUGUGCAAGUCACGGUUAGACUACCUCAGAAUGUAGUCAGGGAUGUCCCCAGCGUCCUUUGGGCCACCAGCCGCCAGCUGUAGGACCUUCCCCUAGAAGGACAGGCUGGGGGUUUUGCUGGGGCUUCCCGGCCUGCCUUGCCAAGGGGGCCCUCCCUCUGCCUCGGCUGCGGCACAGACAUUUUGGAAAGUGUUUUGUAUGUAGCCUUGUAUGUCUAGUUUCCUUGGUUCUCCCUGGCGAGUUUGUCAUCCUAGCUUAGGUUGACAUUCCGGUGAGUUGUCUCCCACUGAGCUCACCACGGUGGGACAGGGACCUGUAGCGACGCAGGUUAGGGACAGGUGGACAGAGGAGGAGGCUGGUCAUACAGUCCAGUCCUGGGGACAUGGCUGGGAAUCACUGCCCACGGGUGGGGCCCUGUAAGAGGAGGGUGGGGUGGGUCUGUGUGCAGGAGGCAUCGCUUUCUCCCCCGCCUCUCCGGGCCAGCGGCCAUCAGCAGGGUCCCCUCAGCGAACCUUCAUGCCUCUCUCGCGGUCACUGCCCAUCGUUUCCCCAGCCCCUCGGGCCAGCCUGGAGCGAAAGAGCAGGUUCCACUCGGUCCCCUUGUUUUGUCAUCUCAGCAGAACCAGCUUUCUCUCCCGUUGCUGCUGCUUCUGCUGCUCACUGUUUUCACUGUCUUUCUAAAUGACUCUAUUUCCUCAAAAUGUUUGUUUCUGAUUUUUAUUAGUUAUGUUUCUAAUUUUUAUUCCAGGUGUUUUUUAUAAACCUCAUUUGCCAGGAAAAAAAACCCCAAUCAAAUCUUGCUGUAUUAUCACAUUUUUUAUAAACUGUAAUCAUUUCUCUUA